GCAAUUAAACUACCCCCAAAACGACCCGUGACUCUUGAGACCUUUGCACUUUUAUUUGAAAAAGCUUUGAAUUUAAGACACCCAAUUCUUCCGCAACCUCAGAUUUACCUCCUUCUCAAUCGCAUUACACUUUUUUUUUUCUCUCAUUCGAAAUUCUUCACCCUAAAUCAAUUUAUCUCACAUUUUGGAAUUUGAUCUCCCAAGAUUACACGGAAAGACAAGAUUUUUCUCAUCGUUAAUGGCGAAGAAAGCAGGAGCUUUCGGAUUCUGGUUCUGCCUUUUCACGAUUCUGAUUUACGCGCGGAUCUCGAUCUCCGGGAGGUCGGAUAAGGAGACCAGAGAGAGGUUUUACGGCAACCUGUUCAACUCCUCCGCGCCGGAGUCUAACGACGGUUCCAUAGCCAAAAUGUUCGAUCGAGUGCUGGAGAAGGAGUUCUCUGAGAAUGAUCAGCCGGAAGGACCUGAUGAAAGCAGCUUUAACAGCAGUGUAGCUGAUCAGCAGGCUGUUCUGGAGACUGUAGCAAAAAUCACUCAUGACAAGAGCAAGAAAAACGAUACACAAGAGGCCAAGUAUGGGAAUGUAAAACGUACUUAUGAUACUAUUAUUUCUGUUGGCACAAGAUCUUUCCAGCUUCAAGAUGUUUUUUCUCUGGAGAAUGAAGAUUCUGAUGACAUGACAACCUUAAUUGAUAAAAAGGACAACGUGUUUGUGAUGUCAAACAAAAAAUCCAAGUUUCCAGUGCUUCAAGUAGAUUUGAGAUUAAUUUCAGACUUGGUGGUUGUUAUAGUUUCUGCUGCCAUUGGUGGCAUUCUAUUUUCUUGUUUGGGACAACCGGUUAUUGUGGGUUAUCUUCUUGCUGGUUCACUAAUUGGACCAGGGGGUCUAAAAUUCAUCAGCGAAAUGGUACAGGUUGAAACUGUUGCACAGUUCGGAGUUGUCUUUCUUCUUUUUGCUUUAGGGCUUGAGUUUUCUUUGACAAAGUUAAAAGCUGUAGGGCCUGUAGCUGUUCUUGGAGGGCUUCUGCAAAUCGUGACAUUCAUGUUUUUGUGUGGAAUAACUGCUAUGUUAUGUGGUGCAAAGUUGUCUGAGGGUGUUUUUGUUGGUUCCUUCUUGUCAAUGUCAUCAACUGCAGUGGUGGUAAAGUUUUUGGUAGAACGGAAUACUAACAAUUCUCUUCAUGGUCAAGUUACAAUAGGGACACUUAUUUUACAGGAUUGUGCUGUUGGUUUAUUGUUUGCUUUGCUCCCAGUUUUGGGUGGUAGUAGUGGCCUUUUCCAAGGGAUGAUUUCAAUGGGAAAACUGAUGCUAGUGUUGUCCAUUUAUCUCGCUGCAGCAUCUCUGUUGUCCUGGUCAUUUGUUCCUCGCUUUUUGAAACUGAUGAUGCAGUUAUCUUCUCAAACAAAUGAGCUUUAUCAGCUUGCUGCUGUGGCUUUUUGCUUAUUGUCUGCUUGGUGCAGUGAUAAGCUAGGUCUCAGUCUUGAGUUGGGUUCCUUUGUUGCUGGAGUAAUGAUAUCUACUACCGACUUCGCACAACAUACUUUAGAUCAGGUGGAGCCGAUUCGAAACCUAUUUGCAGCUCUCUUCCUCUCAAGUAUUGGAAUGCUCAUUCAUGUACAUUUCCUUUGGAGCCACGUGGAUAUACUUCUAGCAUCUGUUAUCUUGGUUAUAGUUGUUAAGACAGCUGUUGGCACUAUAGUUUCUAAGGCCUUCAGAUAUAAUAGUAGGACAUCAUUCCUUGUUGGAAUAUCACUCGCUCAAAUAGGAGAAUUUGCCUUUGUUCUUUUAAGCCGUGCUUCAAAUCUGCAUCUUGUUGAGGGGAAGAUGUAUCUGCUUCUUAUUGGAACAACAGCUCUUAGUCUAGUAACAACUCCUCUCUUGUUUAAAGUGAUACCCGCUAUUAUGAACUUGGGAGCUCUCAUGCACUGGUUUCCCCCUGAGAGCAGCAAUCAGAAUGAGGAGAAGGCUUCCAUGAUUGAAUCGUUUAACAGAAUGUUGUGACCAUCCCUGUUUUUGUGGUCCUGGGGUCGAUCCGGGUCGACUGCUCUAGUGGCAACAAUUUUGCGAAUACAAGGGGUUCAAAGAAAAUUAAUUGGCAAUUAGGUAGUUGAGGUUGCAGACGAUAAUCAGGAUUACUCGAUUGUUUUGUCAAACUUAGCUUGGAGUUCUCCUGUACAUAAAAUAUUUACCAUUAUUUUACACUAAUUAGUAUUGUAUAUAGGAAUUCUUAAGUGCCCGUUGCACGCAUAUCCAUGGUGGGCAUGUUGUAACCUAAAUACAUCCAUAUUCAUAGUGGCAGCUACCCCAGGCACUACAUCUUUGUCCUCUCUUUCUCUCUUUUGGAACUAGGGUUUGGGGAAUUUGAAGGACACUAUAA